AUGAUCACAGUGGAGACGCGGCGAGGCGCGGCUACGAUCGCCGCUACGAGCUCUACGAGCGCUACGAGCUCUCCGCCGCCGCCGCCAGAAGCGCACACAGCGCCGCGCAUAGCGCCAGCAGCGAUGGCCGCGUCGACCCGCCGCUACUGCCACCAUUGCCACCCGCCCUUUCACCUUCAUCUGUCCGACACAACUACACGUUAA